GUGAUUGGCUGGUGUCUGCAGCUGCCUGUAGGCCAGCUAAGCCUACGAAAACAAACGGCGCUUACAGUUAGCGUCUCAGUUUUUUGGUUCUGUUGCCCAGGGCUGACGACGCCUCGGCUCGGUUUUAUUAAAGCUCGUCUGAAUGUGUAUAGACAGGAGCAGUUGUAGCUCUUAAUGCAACCCUCCCUCCUCACUAGGAACCACAAUGUCCGACGCGGCUAACGUCACUUCUACAGACAACAACGGAGACUCGGGGCUUAACGGGUCCUGGGUGGAGUUGGAGAUGAACAGAACCCACCAGGCCCAGUCGUCCUCGCCGGCCGGGCCGGCGCCGGGCCUGCUGCCCCUUCCUCAGGUGGAGGAAGAGGAGGCCAUGGUGGGGGGCCUGGAGCACGUCCCGUCGUCCUCCUCCAUCCACAACGGAGACAUGGAGAAGAUCCUGCUGGACGCGCAGCACGAGUCGAGCCGCAGCAACUCGUCCUGCGACAGCCCGCCGCGGCCCCACUCCCCCCAGGACGAGGGACAGAUCAUCUUCGACGUGGAAACGACUGGCAGAAGAGACAGCCAGUCUGAGGAAGACGCCCUGGACAAGGAGAGGGACAUGGACAUCCUGAUGAAGGACGCAGACUGGGUCGCCGACUGGUCCAGUCGACCGGAAAACAUUCCCCCCAAGGAGUUUCAUUUCCGCCACCCUCGUCGCUCUGUGAUGCUCAGCAUGAGGAAGACCGGCGCCAUGAAGAAGGGCGGGAUCUUCUCUGCCGAGUUCCUCAAAGUCUUCAUCCCCUCGUUGCUGCUAUCGCACAUCCUGGCUCUGGGCCUGGGUGUUUACAUCGGGAAGAGGCUGACCACGCCGCCGGCCAGCUCCUUCUGAACCCAAACUGAAGAAAAGUGCCUGAAGAAGAGAAGUUGCCACGAGUCGAUUCUGGAGGAUUUGUGCUGUUGUGAGAAGAUUGCCCGUCUCUCAUCCCUCUUCCUCUCCUGCCUGCCUCCUCUUCCUCCUGCUUCUUUUUAACCCCUUCCCUCCCUCCUCCUGUUUUCC